CAAGGAAGACAAACAUGCCACGUACGACAGCUGAUCGAGUCUUGACCACACAUAUCACAAGGACACCUGUAGAGCACCUGUAUCCGGGCUUUACACACCUGUCCAGCCGCAGCUAUCAUGAGCCGGACUUUUUUAGCAAAGGAAGAAGAGUGUUGAGGAAUCCGUCUCAACUAAAAUCUUGCAUGGUCUGUCUUCAUGUCUUCCAAUCCUCCAGAGGAUAUGAUUGACAAUAGCAACAUGGUACUAGAUAUGAGGCAGGCGGUGUUUAGCAGAACACCUCUGUCAUAUAGAGUUGGAAAUUCAACUCUUCAUGUGCAGACAAAGUUUGUAACUCUGGUAGCUGCUGUUGGACUGGUGUCUCUGUUGGUGCUGUUCAUGAUCAUGCCUACUUCCCGAGUUGGUACCAGUAAUCUCACCAAUGAUAUAUGGGGUCAUGGUGAGGAGCAUGGUCAUGGACACCAACAUCAGCGUAACUGGUUUACCUUCUACAACAGUACAUAUCCCUUAACACAGCCUGUCUACAGUGACAGAGGUUAUAUUAAGUACAGAAUAGCAGUAGUAACAGACUUAGACACAGACUCUAAACAUCCAACUGAAAAAAAUACAUGGAUCAGCUACUUGAAAAAGGGUUAUCUUAAGGUUAAUGUGGAGAGUGAGGAAGUUAGUGUUGAAUGGGACAAGGAAGUUAUUUCUCUCAAAUCCAACAUGGCUUAUGGAGGCAGAGGAAUGGAACUGUCAGAGCUCAUCGUUUUCAAUGGCAAGCUUUAUGCAGUGGAUGAUCGGACAGGCAUUAUUUAUGAAGUUGAUCUUCAUGAGAACAAAGUCAUCCCUUGGGUUGUUUUAACAGAUGGCAAUGGCAGAAAUACAAAAGGAUUUAAAAGUGAAUGGGCCACAGUGAAGGAUGAGACUCUUAUAGUUGGGGGCCUUGGCAAGGAGUGGACAACUGCUCAAGGGGAACUGGUCAACCACAAUCCUCAGUGGGUCAAGACAAUAUCCACACGAGGGUUUGUUGAACAUCAUGACUGGACACGGAACUAUGAAAAAUUGAGAGAAGCCAUAGGAAUCUUUUUCCCAGGUGAGUGAUAAGGUUAUUAUGUUUUAGAUAACUUAAUUAUUUAUGCAUUAACAGGUCAUCAGCGUUGGGUGUUCUUACCAAGGCGAGCUUCUACAACUCGGUAUGAUGAAAAUGAAGAUGAACACCGCGGCACAAAUAUCAUGUUGCAAGCUACUGAGGGAUUUGAAAAUAUCAAGGUCAGUCAUGUUGGUGAUAAGAUUGACACCCAUGGAUUCUCCAGCUUCAAAUUUAUACCUGGUACAAAGGAGAAGUUAAUUGUGGCUUUAAAAUCAGAGGAAGUAGAAGGGAAGGUUGCUUCAUAUGUCAUGGCAUUCAACCUUAAUGGGAAAGUUGUACUGCCGGAAACAAAAGUAGGGGAUUUUAAAUUUGAGGGCAUUGAGUUUGUAUAGUACCUUUAAGAUAUUCAGCAUUGUGUUAUUAGUAAAAAUUGAAUGACGUGACUUUCAUGCACAACUGUGGUUGCACUUUAGGGAUUUUUUCUAAAGUUAAUUUUGGUUGUAUUUUUAAAGCUAUCAAAAGUUGUUCAGCUUCAGAAAAAGUAUUUCAGAACUUCAUCUCUCUUUUAUGUGGUAUGAAUGUGAGUUUGACUGUUAUUUAUAUAUGUGCAGAGAAACAUUGAUCUAAUGUUCAUUAAACAUAGAAGUUCUGCAAGAAAGGAAGCUGUUAUAUAAAAAGAAAGGAUAGUAUGUUGUGUCACAUGUCUGAUUAAUAAACUUUGCACAGGUAAAACUUAAUCUAUUUUGAAUCUGUUUAUAUAUUGUUUACUGAACUGCAUUUGGAAAAAAAGUCAAAUUAACUGCUUGUCCUCCACAGAAAGAUUUUGCCCUUAGGCAGGCUUUCUGUAUAGAAAACUAUUAUUACAGAUAUUAUUCUGUAUAACAAGGCUAAGUUGUUGACGAUAUCUUUACCUCAGGGCAUUAUGGUAUGACUGUUUGAAGAUGUAGUGGUUGCAUAUGUCAGUCUGAGGACGUAGUUAAUAACUGUGAUCUUUGUUUUUGAUUUAUGCUAUUUUGUCACUUGGGUUCAUCUUCUGUAUCCAUUGUUUUUUUGUUUCUUUUAAUAAGUAUUGAUAACUUCUGAAGGGUCAGUAAUUAUUUUGCUGUCAUUGACUUGUGUGCAUAUUAGUGUGUACCAAAGAAUAUAUUGUGAUAGUAUUUUUGAGACCUGUAACCAGUAUAAACCAGAAAAUAUUGUGUUAUGUCAUUUUCAUGAUAAUGCUCAAAAAAAAUUAUUGGAUUUAGUGGUUUCUGAAUUCUUCACCAACAAGUUACUAUUAUCAUGCAAUGGUAAUGUGAUACUUACUUGAGUUGCUGUUUAGAUAUUAUGAAAUUUUUAAAUGCAAGAUAUGGUUGUGCAAGAAGCUAUUUCAAAGCAUUUGCUAACAUGGACUUGAAAAAAAAUCAGUUUCAUUUAAAUGUUAAUGAUAGGUAGGUGUGAUUACAUGAUUUUAAUACAUA